AUGCAGGAGCCCAUACGGUGGUCUCUCGGACAGAGAGGAGAAGGUCUCUGUACUCUCAGUUUGCAGGGUUUUUACCCCAAGCCAAUAGAAAUCAAGUGGAGCUGCCGUUCACACAGUAAAGUAACAUCCAGAGAAACCUAUGAAGACAAUCCAGACUCAACCCAUAAUGUGAGGAGUCAGUGCACCGUCCCGGAGGAGGUCAUCACCGACCAUGACUUUAAGAUCAUAGUCACCUGGAGCCACGGAUCACUGGGUGGACCAGAAAGGAGAGAGAUGUACAUAAGGGACGCAGGUCUACCCUGGCGCCCAGAAGUCGGUGAGAUAUCCACACCAAUUAUCUUAGUCAAUAAAGAAGUAAACGUGCACUGUGACAUCAGCGGAUACUUCCCCAAUAAACUGACCGUGACCUGGUUUGUGAAGGAGAGAGGACGCGAUGAUUAUGUCCCCGUAGAAAAGUACAAAUGCCGGAUCGAGCCCAUAGCAGCCCAAUAUUCAGAUACUGGAUACCGCUGUAAAGCCUCAUUACACGUCCCCUCAUUUCUCAUACAUUACCAUGGGAUUCAGUUCAUGUGUGAAGUACAGCACCCGAGCCUGGAUCGCCCCAUAGAGAGAAGCACAGGACCUCUCUUCAUCUCAUUGACUCCGCGGAUGGUGAAGCCGGUGAAGUUAACCCCCGAUGCAUCAGACACAGUGACGUGCUCCAUGAGUUUAUUAAAGUUUUAUCCAUCAAGUAUUAAUAUUACCUGGAAUAAUAUGGCAGAUAAUAAACCAAUCCCUUCAACCCAGACGGACGAGGAACAGACCUUUGAUGCUACAAGUGAAUGCACAGUUCCCUGGAAAGAUUUCCGCUCUGGAGUGCGAGUGACUUGGGAGCAUGAAUCCCUGACAUCUCCUCAGCAUCACGACCUCCCUGUAACAGAUCUUCCCUGGCGUCCGGUCGUUGAAGAAAUAGAGAAACCCGUUUUCCAUGUGAACACUGAAGCCAGAUUACAGUGUAAAAUCUCUCAGUACUUUCCAAAUGAUCUCACUGUGACCUGGUACAUGAAGAAGACAAAUUGGGAAUAUGAAAAGCUAACCGAGGACACUAGACCCACAGCAGAGAGACAGCCUGACAACACGUACACCUGUACCGCCAGCCUGGUAGUCAGACCAUCCAUACAAGACUAUGAUGGAGCAGAGAUCAUCUGCAGAGUGCAGCAUCCGAGCUCAGAGCAACACGUGGAGAAAUCUACAGGACCAAUACAAGUCUAUGCUUCUCCCAGGAUGCAGGAGCCCAUACGGUGGUCUCUCAGACAGAGAGGAGAAGGUCUCUGUACUCUCAGUUUGCAGGGUUUUUACCCCAAGCCGAUAGAAAUCAAGUGGAGCUGCAGUUCAGACAGUGAAGUAACAUCCAGAGAAACCUAUGAAGACAAUCCAGACUCAACCCAUAAUGUGAGGAGUGAGUGCACCGUCCCGGAGGAGGUCAUCACCGACCAUGACUUUAAGAUCAUAGUCACCUGGAGCCACGGAUCGCUGGGUGGACCAGAAAGGAGAGAGAUGCACAUAAGGGACGCAGGUCUACCCUGGCGCCCAGAAGUCGGUGAGAUAUCCACACCAAUUAUCUUAGUCAAUAAAGAAGUAAACGUGCACUGUGACAUCAGCGGAUACUUCCCCAAUAAACUGACCGUGACCUGGUUUGUGAAGGAGAGAGGACGCGAUGAUUAUGUCCCCGUAGAAAAGUACAAAUUCCGGAUCGAGCCCAUAGCAGCCCAAUAUUCAGAUACUGGAUACCGCUGUAAAGCCUCAUUACACGUCCCCUCAUUUCCCAUACAUUACCAUGGGAUUCAGUUCAUGUGUGAAGUACAGCACCCGAGCCUGGAUCGCCCCAUAGAGAGAAGCACAGGACCUCUCUUCAUCUCAUUGACUCCGCAGAUGGUGAAGCCGGUGAAGUUAACCCCCGGUGGAUCAGACACAGUGUCGUGCUCCAUGAGUUUAUUAAAGUUUUACCCAUCAAAUAUUAAUAUUACUUGGACUAAAAAACAUAAUAAUAAACCAAUCCCUUCAACCACAAAACCAAUCCCGGUGGACAAAGAACAGACCUUUGAUGCUACAAGUGAAUGCACAGUUCCCUGGAAAGCUUUCCGCUCUGGACUGCGAGUGACUUGGGAGCAUGAAUCCCUGACAUCUCCUCAGCAUCACGACCUCCGUGUAACAGAUCUUCCCUGGCGUCCGGUCGUUGAAGAAAUAGAGAAACCCGUUUUCCAUGUGAACACUGAAGCCAGAUUACAGUGUAAAAUCUCUCAGUACUUUCCAAACGAUCUCACUGUGACCUGGUACAUGAAGAAGAAGGUGAAGAGAAAUCUAAACCUAACCGAGGACACUACAACCACGGCAGAGAGACAGCCUGACAACACGUACAGCUGUACCGCCAGCCUGGUAGUCAGACCAUCCAUACAAGACUAUGAUGGAGCAGAGAUCAUCUGCAGAGUGCAGCAUCCGAGCUCAGGAGAACACGUGGAGAAAUCUACAGGACCAAUACAAGUCUAUGGUAACGAGAAGAAGAAGGAAAACAAGAAAUAG